AACAUUGCGCUCGCGCUGUUUCUGCUAGAGGAAAAGAGACAUGUUAGAAACUGGCUGGGCCGCGGAGUCCACGUCUAGACGGGGUAUUGCCAACCCAGUUUAAUAUGGGCUACUUUGCCCUAAACGGACCGAGACUCGCGUGAACACUGUAAAUACAAUCUGGGCUCGAUAUGGUGCGAUCUGGAGCAAAAAUGACGGAGUAACCUAAUGUUUAAAAUGUGGGAGAUGGUGGCUUUGACGAGAGCGGGCUCUCCCUUCCUGUCGUCUCGGACAAGAUGGCAGCAAUGCAGGCGAACUGUACAUGGUGUGGAUUUGUGAGUCCAUAGCAUGUUCAGAGAAGCCCUGGAUUAUAUAUAUAGUUACUCUGUGUGAAGGUAUGGCCUCACAAGUCUUGGUUUACCCACCACACGUUUAUCAAACCCAGACAAGUGCCUUUAGUGUGAAGAAACUCAAAGUUGAGCCCAGCAGCUGUGUGUACCAUGAGAGGGCACACCCACGGACUUAUCUGAACAGCAGAACCCUUCCUAUUGUACACCCGACCAAACAAGCCCAGCUGUUUGUGAACCCAGACGUUUCAUUUGGCGUUAAAGUGCGUGGGGGGCAAAAGUACCUAGUCCAGACAGUAGUGGUGCGGGGUGUGCCCAGACAUCAGUCCAGCAAAAGAAAAGGAGAAGGAGUUUGCCAAACGCAGGGCAAGGAGCAACAGCAGCAGACAGACGCAGCAAGUGGGGGGCGCAGUGGAGCGGUGGGGGCAGCGGGGCGGGGCCGGGGCCAGGGCGCAGGAGGAGGUCCGGAGAAGGAAGUGGAGGAGGACUGUGCAGGUUUAAACUUGGCCGACAGCUCUCACCGAUGUGGGCUCAAACGUAAAAGUGGAGAGCUGGAAACCCAGGCAAGCACAAUGCAGAUCGUGGAGGAACUGUCAAUGCUGCCUGCUAUGUUGCAAUCGAAUGUGGGGAGCGCGACUGCGGGUGCGGGGGGUGUGGGGGCCACAGGUGGGCCUUCCAAACAGGGGGCUGCAGGGGGAGCUGCAGGUGCAGAUGGGGACUAUCAGGUUGUACAACAUGAGGUCCUGUGCUCAAUGAAGAAUACCUAUGAAGUGCUGGAUUUUCUGGGUCGGGGCACUUUUGGGCAGGUUGUGAAGUGCUGGAAAAGGGGCACGGGGGAUGUAGUGGCGGUGAAGAUACUGAAGAACCACCCUUCAUAUGCACGGCAGGGCCAGAUUGAAGUGGGCAUCCUUGCUCGUUUAAGUGGUGAGAAUGCGGACGAGCAUAACCUGGUGCGGGCCUUUGAGUGCUUCCAGCACCGCAGCCACACCUGCCUUGUGUUUGAAAUGCUCGAGCAGAAUCUCUAUGACUUUCUCAAGCAGAACAAGUUCAGCCCGCUGCCACUGAAGGUGAUCCGGCCUGUACUGCAGCAGGUGGCAACUGCUUUGAAAAAGCUCAAGAGUAUGGGGCUGAUUCAUGCAGAUCUCAAGCCUGAAAACAUCAUGCUGGUGGACCCAGUCAGGCAGCCCUAUAGGGUAAAGGUCAUAGACUUUGGCUCAGCCAGUCAUGUGUCCAAAGCAGUGUGCUCCACGUACCUUCAGUCCCGCUACUACAGGGCUCCAGAGGUGAUUUUGGGAUUACCCUUUUGUGAAGCCAUAGACAUGUGGUCACUGGGCUGUGUCAUAGCUGAACUGUUUUUGGGCUGGCCCCUGUAUCCUGGAGCUCUGGAGUAUGAUCAGUUUUCUGACUGUUGUCCCAGGACCAGACUGAUCUGGGCUUAUCCUGAGCGGCUUUCCCAGCCCCCAGAGCCAUAUCAGCUCAGGGCUACCAACCUUCUCGUUUUGAGUGCGCCCUGUCUGCUGUAAUGCCACACUACCACCUGACCAUAUGUGCACAUUAUUCAAGGUUUUUAUGAGCGAGUCAACACUUAUACUAAACUAUAGCAAAGCCUCAGACUCUGUGAGAAUUAGUUUUUGCAGAAUCCAGUCAGCAUGUUUCAAAUCUGCUUCAGAGGGGUCCAGGAAAGCCUCCCCUCACUGCAAACGACCAUUUGGGGGAUUGUAUAAAGUAGAGCUAAAUAAAGUUCUUAUGGAUUGCAACUAAAAGAGGUCAAGAGCCUAAUGGUUUAACUUCACUGCCAAAAUGUUUGAUUUUGAAUCUGUCAUUUCAAAGUUCAACUUGUCAUUUCCAUCCUGUGUAAGUGUCCGUGCUGAGGCUCAGUGUUGGUGUGCGGUGUCAUCUAGGGGCCACAGCGUCACGACCCCUCCACUCUUCUUAUCUUUCUACAUGGGCUCUUAUUCCAUCA